UUUUGCAAAACUGUCGCAAGACUCUGCCGGAACAGUACAGCUCGCUUUUAUAUUUGGAUUGCGAGCAGCAGUUGACAGUUGUCGGGAAUUGCAGGAAAAGACUGCUGUAUCACGAUUGCGACGAUUGCGGAACAUUUCUGGAGGGGCCGUGCUUGCAGCAUGCUAAAUCAGGCGCUGAUAAACCCGUCAUUCCCUACGCUGUCGCCAGCCUCCCGGACGUUCUCUAUCUGGACUGCCCGGAUUUGUCAUGGUCGCCUUCGUCACACAGUGAAAGAGCCGUGUUCGCCCGGUCCUCUCUUUCCUCCAACACGAUAUUCGGCCCGUUAGUGGGAUCCGUUUCCGACACAAAACCAGCGCAGUUCGACUUUGUAUGUGGAAGUGCCGGGAAAAGUUCGAUGCGCUAUUUCCAGCUGGACAGCAACGACACGUCCAAUUGGAUGAAGUUCGUUAGGUUUGCAGUGACCCCGGAAGAACAGAAUGUGGUCGUUUACGAGGCCGAAAGAAAUGAUCAGUCAGCCGACUGCAGUAGCAGCGUAAUCUUAGUCACAACGCGAGCAAUUGCUGAACAUGGGGAAUUGAAGAUAGGUUAUUCGGUUGAUUAUGCCAGAAUUAUCGACAAUCUCAGUCAGGAAAGGAGUUAUGAAAAGACAGAGAAACGUGCUGCAGGAUCCGUGUCACAGAUGCGUUCUGUGUCGCCCACAAAACGAUUGCGUCGAAGGCCGUCAAACCACGAUUCAGUCAGUUCUCCCGAUGGUGCAGUGCAGCACACGCCGACAACCGUUCUUCCAGCUUAUCCCGAAUUCCCCCCGAGCCUCCGGUUGCCAUCGCUACCGAUCGUUAUUAUCGGGAGAAUUGUGGGGCGCCGAGCGAUGAUUCCAACGAAUCCGAUGCAGAAGAGAACGCAGGAAAGCUGACGCGCGGCAAACACGGCAACGCUAAAAACUGUACCAGAAUGCCGAUGCCCAUCGAAAAGGACAUUCCGGGGAAUUCGGUACCUGUCUCUUUUGGUGACCUCCCUCCUCCCCUUCCGGUGCUCUCUAAGAGCAGUGAUUCUGUCUGUGAAAAGUGCGGAAAAUCUUUCAGAACGAAAGCGAACCUGAAGUCGCACUGUGCGAGUUCCGUGCAUAGUCAGAUAGCUUCUGUCCCGUGUCGCAAAUGCACCAAAUUGGUCAACCCUAAACGAAUGAAGACGCAUGUUUGUACAAAAAAAUG